AUGCACUCUGAUCCGAGAGGCAGCGAACGGACGGUGCAUUUCACCAUGACAGCCGUACGGUCAGCGCCGCCUAUCGCGCACUCGAGUCCUCAUGCAAACCCUUACCACGGUCGCGGCUCCAUUUCUGGAGCUCCGAUGUCCUCCCCCAUGAUGGUCGUCCACAAUGUCGGCCAGCCAUACCCGCCGAAACAGUCGCCUUGCUCGUCGUCCCUCCCGCCGUCCGUGUCGACGGUGCAGGAGGGAUCCAGCCCGUGUUAUUUUGGUCUUGUCGUCGAGCAAGCAUCGGACCCCCGCGACUCAGCCGUCGCGCCCCGGGACAAUUGGAGCCCACCCACAUCAUCGGUCAAGUCCUUUGGUGCCGCUAUGCAGAACCCUUUUAUGUCAUUGGAUGCGAACCCUGCGUAUGAUGCCUUUCGGGUCCAGGUGGAAGCAAACCAGAUGGGAAGAAUGUUUGCGUUCGGUGGUGUGGGAACGCCGCAGACGAGCACAGAUGUCAGGACGCCUCCGAUCAUGCGUUCUAAGCCGUUGCGAUCACCUAACCACAAGAUGACUCCGUCAUGGGAAACAAAUGUGCACGGUGCAAAGAUGGCUCGGUCAGCGGCUUCCCCGGUGCCGUCAUCGCCCAUGCAUGUCGACGCUGAGACCAGAACGAUUGGUACUCCUUCCCGAAACUUGGAGCCACCAUUGGAUUCCUCGGUCUUUCCUAACCUUCCCCGUUACGAGUCGCCGGCGCAAGUGGAGUCUGCAACAGAGACAAGAUCGACGCUGUCUCCCGUCGAGGAUCGUCAUCCGCGCCUGUCUUUGACCCUGGGACGGUCAAGCUUGUGCACUAUGAGAGGAGGGGCAGUGGCGAGAGCAGACAGCGCUCCCAUCCAGGUGGAGGAAGGACCCGAAAUGAUGGAUGCUGCUCAGCUGAAGAGCAUUUUGGAGACCCACGAAGUGGAAAAGUCAUUGCCGCUUCUCUUGCUUGAUGUCCGCGUGUCCACGUACUAUGCUGCUUCUCGCAUUCGAGGCGCCCUGAACCUCUGCAUUCCGACAACGUUGCUCAAGCGGGCGACGUUCAAUCUGCAGAAAUUGCAGCAGACUUUUGCGCAAAGCGAGGACCAAGCCAAGUUUGCGGCCUGGCGGGAGGCCAGAUACCUUGUUGUUUAUGACUCCAGCUCCGUGGAGAAGAGGGAUGCCACGUCGGCGACCAACAUGCUUCGGAAAUUCACCGUCGAAGGAUACACAGGGAAGGCCUAUGUGCUGCGUGGCGGAUUCGCGGCCUUUGAGGCUGCCUUUCCGCAGUUUAUCGACCGGCAGCUUUCCUCCAUGUCUUCCGGCUGCUCUACCUUGUCACUCGGUGCAGCUGGCAAGAAAGGGAUGUCGAUUGCACCUAUCAUCGGCGGCGUGAUGCUGCCGUCUUCGAGCAUCAGUCCGGCUCCUUUCUUUUCGAACAUCAGGCAAAACAUGGAUCUCGCAGACGGAGUCGGCAGGCUACGCGUAUCUCUUCCAGCAGGCCUGGACCCCACCACGCUCCCGUUGUGGCUGCGUGAGGCCACAGAGGUCACGGACCAGGGCAACCGGGUGUCGGAGCGCUUUCUCCGGAUUGAGCUGGCGGAGCAGUCGCGGAUGAAGAACGCAUAUUCUGUGUUCAACACAUCUGUGGGCGUCCCCGGUGGAUCUGGCAAGGUGCAGCUCUCCGGCAUCGAGAAGGGCAUCAAGAACCGCUACAAGGACAUUUUGCCUUUUGAGCAUGCCCGCGUUCGGCUGCACGGCCGUUCUGAGGGCACUUGCGAUUAUAUCAAUGCGAGCCACAUACGGGCCGGACGGAGUUUAAAGCGAUACAUUGCGAGCCAGGGUCCGCUGCCUGCUACAUUCGAGGACUUUUGGUCUGUGGUCUGGGACCAGGACGUGCGAGUCAUAGUUAUGCUCACUGCAGAGUCUGAAGGCGGUCAGCUCAAAUGCCAUCCGUACUGGACAGGUCGAGAGUACGGACCGAUCAGACUCAGGAUGCUCAGCGAACGGAAGGUAUCCCUCGACAUGGACAAGCGACCCAGCCCUGCAGCGGCAGCGGCAGGCAUGACAGAGUCCAGCUCGACGCACGGCGAUGACGCUUCGACUGCAGAAUCCGGCCGUCGCCGGGCCACCACUCUCGCGUGCGUCGGAGGAAGCGCAGCAGCCCCAACAUUGAGUGGCCCAUCCCGGCCCGGGUUCCCACUUGGAGCUUCGGCCAAUCAGAGCGAGACUCCCUUUGUGAUCAUCAGGAAGUUUUCUCUCUCGCACAGCAACCACGCAUUCCAGCCGAUCCGUGAAGUCACGCAGUUGCACUAUUCGUCGUGGCCAGAUUUUGGAGCGCCAGCACAGCCCAGCCAUCUCCUUGCCAUUAUUCAGCUUGCAAAUGCUAUGCAGGGCCCAUCCUCGCCUGUGGACGGCCCGGCCGCAAUGUCCCCCCCGUCUUUGGCAGCCCGGCUUCAUGGUUCUGGUGAAAGUUGGAAGCUGAACAGCUUUUCUAUGCCCCGGAUGGACGAACCUGAGUCUGACGCUGACGUAAAACCCAUGCUGGUGCACUGCUCGGCCGGAUGUGGACGGACUGGUACAUUCUGCACGGUCGAUGCGGUGAUCGACAUGAUCAAACGCCAACACCAAGUGGCGGGGAAAGGACACAAAACAACGAUGGGUCAGGACCCGACUAACGGAAUGAGCCAUAUUGCGACUAGGACCGAAAAUACAGUCGACGCAGGCAACAUCAGCUGGCUCGAGAAUGACAGCGUUGACCUGGUCGCAAAGACGGUCGAGGACUUCCGGACACAGAGACUCAGCAUGGUGCAGUCUCUACGGCAGUUUGUGCUCUGCUACGAGACGGUCGCCGAAUGGAUCUCCAAGACGCAAGAACACCAGAGCGUGCGGUCCAAAGGGCCAGGGCGGGCCAGAAGCGAGAGCGUGCGAAUGCAGGGCUGA